CCGCCCCUCCGGAGGGUGCAGCGGGACCAUCAGGAGCCAACUCUCGGUUUGGUCUGCUGGCUGUAAACAAAUCUCUACCACACCGAAAUGUACGGGAAAGACACGUUUCUCGAGCAGCAGGUUUCCGCGCUUUCCCCGCCGAUGCUAACGAUCACCAUGUAGACCGACGAGUAGGUUUGCUGCCCGGGAGCGUUACGACGGUUGAUUUCUGACACCGUAGCUGGACUUGUCAUUGGUUUGGCCGGUGGUAUCGCAGGUAUUUUUAUGCUGCGGUUGUCAUAAUGGUUGCCGGGUGAAGUGUACACCAGAGCUAGCUCUUUGACGGUUAGCAAACCGUGUAAAUCGGUCUGUUGUCGCACGGACCCGCGAUAGCUACAAUCUUUUCAGAGGUACAUGAACAUGACAUCGCCCGCAGAGCACGACCUGGCUCUGUCUGAAGCGGACAGCAGCAAGGAGAAAGCACAGGUGUUUGGGAUCCUGAGGCUGCAGGAAGACAAAUCUGCUGCUGGUGAUAAAGCUAACAGUAGCAGCACAGUGAGAGGAGGAGGUGGAGGCAGUGGGGGAGACGGGCGAUGGCAGGCUCCUAUCUUUGCUUUGGCCAGAAAAGCAUCCGAGACCAUUUCAGGGAGCAUUCACGUCCUGCCCAAAGUGUCGGAGCACAGAACGUCUCUGCCAGGGGACUGGACCGUCCAAGCCCUGCGAGACCCCAUGACUAUGGAGCGAGCCAACCUGCUGAACAUGGCCAAGCUGAGUAUUAAAGGGCUAAUUGAAUCAGCUCUGAGCUUCGGACGAACACUGGACUCAGACUACCCGCCUCUUCAGCAGUUCUUUGUUGUCAUGGAGCACUGUCUCAAACAUGGCCUCAGAGUGAAGAAGUCCUUUCUGGGCUUUAACAAGUCUCUAUGGGGUCCACUAGAGCUGGUGGAGAAACUGUGUCCUGAAGCAGCAGAGAUCUCAGCCUCCGUACGAGACCUGCCUGGACUUAAGACUCCUUUAGGUAGGGCCAGGGCGUGGUUGCGUCUGGCGCUCAUGCAGAAACGGCUAGCUGACUAUCUGCGACUCCUCAUCACCAGAAAAGAUCUGCUCAGUGAUUUCUAUGAGAAUUCAGCGCUGAUGCUAGAGGAGGAGGGAGCUGUGAUCGUGGGCCUGCUGGUGGGCCUCAAUGUCAUCGAUGCCAACCUGUGCGUCAAAGGCGAGGACCUGGACUCUCAGGUCGGGGUGAUUGACUUCUCCAUGUACUUGAAAAACGACAUCGAUGACUACAGGAGUGAAGAGAGGAAUAGCCAGAUAGCAUCCAUCUUGGAUCAGAAGAACUAUGUAGAGGAGCUGAAUCGACAACUCAACUCCACAGUCCAUGGUCUUCAGGGCAGAGUUGACUCUCUGGAGAAGUCCAACUCUAAACUCAUAGAGGAGUUAGCCAUAGCCAAGAACAACAUCAUCAAACUGCAGGAAGAGAACCAGCAGCUGAGGAGUGAGAACAGCCUCAUUCUGCUGAAGGCACAACAACAUUUAGAGGUAGCCCAAGGCGAUGUGUCAGUGGAGAGAGACACAUACAAACAGUCUCGUCAGGGUUUGGAUGAGAUGUACAACGAGGCUCGGAGACAGCUGAAGGAGGAGUGCCAGCUCAGACAGGAUGUGGAGAAUGAGUUGGUAGUUCAGGUGUCAAUGAAACAGGAAAUGGAGCUGGCCAUGAAACUUCUGGAGAAGGAUAUUCAUGAAAAACAGGACACACUGAUCGGACUGAGACAUCAACUGGACGAGGUCAAAGCCAUCAAUGUAGAAAUGUACCAGAAGAUGCAGUCGUCCGAUGAGGAGAUGAAGAAGAAGAACGAUGUGAUCAGCCGUCUGGAGGAGAAGACCAAUCAGAUCACUGCCACCAUGAAGCAGCUGGAGCAAAGUGAUAAGGACCUACUAAGUCAGACCAGAACGCUUGCUAUGUCAUUUGUUAAGUGUGCCAGCACAGACACAGAGCACCAGUACAAGCUAGUCAAGGACAUCUCCUUCUGAAGACAGACAUAUGCACAUAUGCACACACAUGCAGACACAUGAUUGCUUAUGAAUGAAUGAAUAAGUGGACUCAAAUUAAAGUAACAUUCCUGUUUUUUUGCACAUAAUAUUCAGAUGGUUUUAUGGCCUGAGUGCAGCCACAGAAUCAGGUGAAACUAGAAUGCAUUGUUUUGGUCAUUUAGUUACUGAAACAUGAUCAUCAUCAGCAGAGAGCUGGGAUUCAUGGAGACCACCACAACAUGUUCCAUGGUCUUUAGUUAAAUUGCAUUCAUACAACUUUUAACAGUUGGGUUUGUGCUAAAUGAGGAUACGCCCUGUCAGUCUUGCUGUUCCUCACUUAGCAUCAUCAAAGGCUGUGUUGAGCCGUCAGAGAACUGUCUGAAUAUUACCUCAGUUAUACUUUAAUAGAAACUUGAAAAAAAAACAUUUAAAAUUAACCACACGACUUUAUCUAUUCACUCACAUGCUCAGGCAUGCACACACGUACAUACACAUGCUACACAUUCUUCCUCUCUCUGGUAGUCAGUUUAUAUGCAGUAUCACUGACAGUAAGAUAACUGACUGUUUGGACUCUGAAUUGUAAUUAACGAGGCGUCACAUUGAGUUAAAUGAGUACAGUGAGCUGUACCACUCAUAUCACAACUACUGAGAGGUUUUAUCUGGCAAUCCCCAGAGCCACUGCUUGACAGAGUUGAGACACUGUAGUAUUCACAGUAGGGACUGUACAAAAGUUAUUGAGGAAGGGCGAUUUACACAUUAGGGGAGCUAUCUUAGGGCCGGCACACAGAGCAAAACACAUUGCCACAUGAGUGAACUGGUAUUUUCCUACAACACACUCCUCCUUUUCGGAACUUCCUUCCCUCCUAAGAAUUUUUGUCCUGUCCCAUAGUGGCCUCCAUAUUGGCUCUGCUGAGAUUUUUGAGUAACUGCUUCUGUGCUUUGCUGUCUGUCAGACGGGGGCAUUUGCUUUAACCUUAUUGUUCAGCUUGAAGCUAGAGCGGUAAACAUGAAACCUAUCAUACAACCCAGACAAAGUGUUUCUACAGCUGCCUGCAUUUCAUCAAAGUCGGUCAGUGGUGCCCACUACAGAUGUUAAGUCAGACAGGAGUGUGACACCUCCUGCUUUUAAUUUGUUGCCAGUUUGCUCUGCAUGUAUUGCACCUCCUGACCUGCUUCUGACCAGCUGUGAUGACCCUUGCUGUGUCUGAAAUCAGUCCCUCAUUCACUCACUCAGUCACUACUCCCUAUAUAAUAGACUCGGUAGUUUACACAAUGGUGAGAAGUAAAUUGAGAUUUUGGGCACUUAUAAACCAUCAUCAUUUUGUGUCAUCCCUGGUGUGUCACAUAAUAAGAUUAUAUAAACAAACAUUUAGGCAGUAUAUACAGUAGAGCAUAUGUUCUAUAAAUUUCGACACUCAAAUAAAAUGGCAGAGGGUAGAUGUAGUGCACUGUACCUUUUUAAAAAAGGGAGCGAUUUCGGACACAGCCCAUCUCGUUCUUGCUCCUUGUCCUCCUGAAGAUUCACCUACGCUGAAAAUUGUAAGGUUCAGUCAAGUUUUGUAGAUGUAAACAGCUCAGUGGGACCAGCAGCUUUAGCAAAAUUCAUGUGCUUUGUUUCUGCAGAACAGACAGCUAAGCCCAGUGUAAAGACUUGUAGUUACACAGCUGUAAACCUCUGGAGCUUCUGUCAAGGGACCCUGAAUGUGUUGUUGUGUCUCGUCUUGGUAUAUUUAUUGACUUUUGUGAUAUAUCAGGAAGUAAUCAUUCUACCUAUUCUAACUCCACGUUCAUAGUACUGUAACUCCUCUCAGUUUGUAGAAGAAUAAAAGCUCAGUACAGCUGUUGAAAACUCACAACUACUGUCUUUUACCACCGUGACAAAUAAAGUUAGAUGUUUUGAAAGUAGU